UGGUGGGAAGCAAGUUGUUGUCUGAUUCAAGUAUUUGUCAAAGAGCAACCUAAUUAUUGGGGCAAAGCGAGCGAAAAACGGCGGAGAGCGAAGAAGGACAUUUGUAUGGCACCUCAGUUGUGCGUCAUGAAUCCUGCGCAGGGAUCGCCACCUUCGGCCGCACCGGGGGACACUUCCGCGGAGGAGCACGCCUCCGAGGGCUCCGCGCCCGAUCAACUCGACCUGUCACCUGGCUCCAGGUGUAAAGGCAAAAGCGUGGAGCUGCCUUUUAGUGUCGAGUCGCUCAUUUCGGACGUGAAGCACACUAGAAUCAGGCAACGAUCCCCGGAGCCCGGCAUGCGGGUAGAAGAGGACACCGGGCGCACUUCACCAAUGGAAUUUAAUCGCUUCAAAGGAGAGAAUGUGGACGUCAACGACAAGGAGAGCAGCCCUUGGUCACAGUCUUCUUAUACAUCACCUCCUAGACUCCCCAGUCCGAGCCACUGCAACCUUCGCAAACAUAAGAACAACAGGAAACCCAGAACUCCGUUCACGAGCACUCAGCUGCUGUCUCUGGAGAGAAAGUUCCGCCAGAAACAGUACCUGUCCAUCGCCGAGAGAGCGGAAUUCUCCAGCUCCCUGAGCCUUACAGAGACACAAGUCAAGAUCUGGUUUCAGAACCGCAGGGCCAAGGCCAAGAGACUGCAGGAGGCCGAGUUGGAGAAACUUAAACUGGCCGCCAAGCCGCUGCUGCCGGCCUUUGCGUUUCCCUUCCCCCUGAGUGCUCCUAUGGGCGCCCCGGCCCUCUACGGGGCUGUGAACGGCCCGCGGCCAGCCUUACCCUUACCAGGACUAUUCGGCGGACCCUAUGGGAUGUACUACUUAUCUUAACACCGCAUUACACGGACACUUUGUGGCAAGGGCGUAGGUUUGAUCUCAAUAUUGGUAGGGACGAUAUAACAGCACAACCUGCAUGUACACUUUUUGCUGGGGACAGGACAUUAGUAUGACCAAACAGACUGGGUGAACGGCGGUCAGGGCUACAUUUCUCACCAAAAACAACCUAUCUAAAUUGAUAGGCUAAAUGAUUAAUGCAAAAUAAAUCUGUAUUGACUUAUACCAACUUUCACACUGCAAAUUUACAUUACAACAUCUUAAUCAGAUAUUUUUUCUUAAAUCUAGUCGAAUAAUUUUCUUCAUUGCGGUUUGUUCUAAAGGCUAGUUAAAAGAUUAAUGUGUCAGAUUCUUCCAAUUACUUUUAGUAAAUAUUACCAUUUGUUCUUAAUAAGCCCAAAAAUCGUCAAAAGUCGGUAAUUUUUCACCAAACCAAGAAAAAAAAUGCUUUCAAAUAAUAUUUUGAACAAUAUCUAUUCUUGAAUUAAAACCAUUUCUGACAAACAAGUUUUUUAAGAUUAAAUAUAGAAUCUUUUUUGCUUAAAAUAAGUAUAUCUUAUGUUCAGCUAGAUAUUUUUAUUUCAAGAAAUCUGAGUAAAAUUUACUUGAAGCACUGGCUGAUAAUUUCACUUAUUUCUAGUAGAUUUACGCUGAAAACAAGGGAAUUUAAGUUUUUCUUUUUUUUUCAGUUUUAAGGAGAUGGGUUUUUGAAGUGCAUAUGUAUAGGUUCAGGUGAUACACCAUUCGAUUCAAACCUUUGUUUUCAAUAACUACAAAAGAAACAUUUUGAAAACUUCCAGAAAGAAUGUCUGGAUAUAAUUUGCAAAUUUAAAUUGCAAUAAUUGUGUAUUAACAUACAAAUUAAAAAUUGUUAAUCAUCCCUUCACUAUACAGGAAUGCAAACUAUCCAGGAAUGAAUGAAUGAAUGAAUUUUAAAAAAGUCUUUAUAACGCUCAAAAUUGUCUAAAUAAAUUAAAUAUGACAAAAAACAAACAAAAAAAACAUUUUAGUCAGGGAAUAACAAAAAUAAAUAAAAAUGGAGCCUUCCUUCAGGAAAAACACUACUUUUGUCAACAAGCACAGCCAAACUCAACAAAAAUGAAAGCUUUAAGACCAAAUAAGCUGCUUUAAGACCACAUAAGCAAAUCAUCAGCCAAUCAAACGUGUGUUUGAGGGAAAAAAACAUGAAAUGGCUCAUUCAGCAAGUGAUAAGGGGGUAAAUGUAAGUCUGAAAAUAAUUCACUUAAUAAUGGUAGGGUCAAUUCUAUCGUAACAACAUAUAGGAAGACAAUCUAAAUGACCUAUAUAACUGAACACAUUAUAUAAUGCAAAUAAGGUUGCUUAAAAGUUGUUGCGGACAAUUUGUGCAUCCUGAAAAGUUGCUAGUGUUUUGUCCCUACCGUCCCUAUGCAAACCUACGCCCUUGCUUUGUGGGAGUAUGUGUGCCUUGCCUUUCAAAAUGACCUCCUCUGCCACAAAACACGUUUAAAUCUUAUGAAGAAUACAUCAGAAUAUUUAUUUAGUAAAAUAAACUUUUGAAAAAAUAUGUUUAUUAAAACAACCAGUUAAAUUAGUCACUAGAUCAUUUAAUAUUUGACUGCAUUCAGAAACCUUUUUGCAAUGUGAAACCCAUUUAAAAUUUCAAUUGCAAAUGAGGUAUUUUCUAUCAAAUAUUUCUUUAAAAAAGAACGUCAGUAUUUGACAGAAUGUAGUGAAAUGCUGAAUUUGUGAAAAUUCAAUACGUACCAAUGUAUUUCAGCUUUUGUGUAUUGACGUACAGACUUUGAUCAAGAAUUAUGCACCAAAAAUGUAGCAUGUGACCCUUCCAAAAUUGUGAUCCAAAGAUCCGAAAAGCAGCCAGUCAAAUAAAUUUGCACAUAGGUGCUAUAUUAAGCAAGUUGUUCAAAAUGGACUUGAUAGCUCCAUGCGCAUGCACUCACAUUAUACCAAUUCUGUUAAUAUUUCAUAUUUCCCUUAAUUAAAUUUUUUCACGAUUGACAUUUAAACUUGCAUAGUUUUUUCCCCCCCCUCAGUGUUUUAAAAGCUUUUUUAAUAAAACAGCAAGCACCAGUUGCAUCUGUAAAUAAACCGUUGAUUACUUAUUUUAUAUUCCAGAGUGAUCAACAGUGUAUUUGAUACUUGUUGGCUGAACAAGUAUUUUUGGACAAUUAAAAUCUAUUACAAAUAUACUGAGGUUUGGUUUUUUUUGUUCGUCAGUUUUGAAACAAAUAUUAUCGAUAUGUCACAUGAAGAAUUGUCUGAAUAAACGAUAUGACAGAAAAUAUUUUAUUUGUUGUCAUGUGAACUAAAAGGCAGACAUGAGCACAUAUUUGUGAUAUCUGAAGUAGUUUCAUUUCCUCCUUCCUCUUUGACCUCUGAAACCUCGGG